AUGGAAGACUUGAUUUCUGAAGCUCUCAACAAUUCUGGAGGCAACGAUACUAAUUUCAAUUCAACAGGAGACAUUCCACCGGACGGUGACUCGGUAUUCAUAUUUUUGGCUGGGUUAAGUGGCAUUAUAAUGCUGAUCGGGAUUCCAGGUAACCUUUUAGUAAUUGCUUCAGUAAUCAUCAACAAAGAACUGAGAAGCGCCCCAAAUUUCCUCGUUUUAAGUCUGAGCGUUUGCGACCUGUUGUUUCUCUGUAUAUCUGUUCCUGUUCACACCUAUACAUACUUUAGCGGACAUCCGCCAGCCCCAAAGGCCUGCUGGGCCAUUGGCUUCAUCACGAACUGGCUUCUGGGGUCGUCGGUGAUGAGUACAGGUGCUAUUGCCAUCAACAGGUACAUAGCUAUUGUUCUGAAGAGCAAAUACCACUACAUAAGUAGAAAUGGAGUUGUGAUCAUAACAUGUUUCUGCGAUUUCCUUGUACCUUUCCUGAUACUACUGCCCACAAUUUUUGACGAAUCCUUAGGAAGUUUCGGGUUCGAAUCUCAGGAUAAGAACUGCGGAUGGAUAGGAAACGGUAUUCUAAAACCCAUUGUCAUAGGUAUUACGGCCAUAUUUCCUUUAGUUUUUAUGACUUUGUGUUACAUCCGGAUCUUCUUGCACGUUCUUGCAAGUAGGAAGAGAGUGGAGGCCAUAGGGGAUGCGACCGCUUUAGGCGCUACUAGGAGAACUGAGGCCAGGCUCUCUCUGAUGUUGGCCAUCGUCUACGUUGUGUAUUUUGUCACGGCUAUACCAUCACUACUGGACAAUACCCUUUCCCAGGUCGGUGUCUUUGUGGCAAUUUCGGUUCACAUGACAUGCUUUACUGUCGUGUGGAUGUCGUCUGCCGCUAACCCUGUCGUCUACGGUCUCGUCAACAAGAAGUACAGGAAUGCCUACAAAGGCGUGGUUACUAAAAUCCACAGCUUAACACUAAGGCGAACGAGGACUGGAGGUGUGGAUACAAGUACACAUUGA